GUUGUCAGUAUCUUCCGAUUGGCGAAGCGUGAGACGGAAGAGUAGACAAACAGGAAUUAACAAUCGGCCGCUGAUAAUCUGGUACGGAUUCUCGUAAACGCGAGAGCCGGUAUCGUAUUAUCAUAAUUUUCACAAGUCGCCUGUCAAGCCGAGCCGAGAGAGUCCGAGAGAGUCGACGCGAUGUCUGACUCUACGGGUGAUCAUGUAGAUGCGUUGGAUGAGGAGCCGGACGUGGAAUCCAGUUAUAAGCCUCCACCGGAAAAAUCCAUCGAACAGAUCUUGGAAACGGAUAAGGAAGACGAGAGUUUGCGCAAGUAUAAAGAGACGCUUCUGGGAGAAGCAAAAUCCGGCGGCAUUGUAGUAGAUCCUAAUGAUCCUAGAAAGGUAAUAGUGAAGAAAUUGGCAUUAUGCGUCGCUGAUCGACCGGAUAUGGAAUUAGACUUGACUGGUGAUUUAUCGCAGCUAAAAAAACAAACAUUUGUCAUCAAGGAGGGCGUAAGCUAUAAAAUCAGAAUCGAUUUUAUUGUGCAACGCGAGAUCGUGCAUGGAUUAAAAUAUGUACAAAAGACUUAUCGCCUUGGUGUACCUGUUGACAAAAUGACACAUAUGGUAGGCUCAUAUCCUCCUAAAACAGAGCUUCAGUCUUACACUACUCCAGCUGAAGAUGCACCAGCCGGUGUCGUAGCGCGAGGCUCAUACAGCGUUAGUUCUCUUUUUACAGACGACGACAAGCAUGAACAUCUUAAAUGGGAAUGGGCGUUUGAAAUCAAGAAGGAUUGGAAAGAAUAAAUCUUUCGAAAGGAUGAUAAUUUACAAUUCCUUACUACUUUACGAGUAAUAAUUAAGGACGUAAAAUGCCAAAAUGCAAUUGGAUGGAUGAACUUUAAUAUUCUUUAGUUGUGGUUGACGUUGCCAUAAGAAUUAUUUACAUAUAUUUUAAAUAAAAGAGAAAGAGAAUAUAAUCGGUAUUUAUUAAGGUUUUCGUAAUUGAUUAGAUAUUUGAUUAUAGAAAUAGAUUCGAGAAUUAUGAA